CAUUUCCAUUUGAAGUUAGUAUCCCGGCUGAACUGAUUGCAGUUAGAGUCAUCGGAUAGAAAGAAUGUUUGCCGUUGUUUUGUGUAGCUUGCUGGUAGCGGCCGCUCUCUCGGCUGAAAUACCAACACCAAAGUUGAAUCACCUGGUGUCAGGAGAUGUUGAAAUAUCUGUGGAAGGUAUACCUGGGAUGAAGAUUUAUGAUGUCAAAUAUCACAUAAAAGGACAUAAACACCACGGACCAUUUCACCAGGGAGCCGAUGGACGAUGGUAUCAUCGCAAUAAUGCAGCUGCAUACAAUGGCAAGGACAAGAUAAAGUACACAAUUGUUGGAGAGAUAGAUGGCAAAACUGUUGUCACCAAAGGAAAACUUCAUCCACAGGAAAGAAGCGUUGUCCUUGCUCCACCAAGGGUACUCAGAGCAUGUAGAACAGUAUUUCGAGAUGACUUUAACGGAGCAUUUGAUCCGUCACAUUGGAACUAUGAAGUGUCUAUGUAUGGAGGCUAUAACUGGGAAAUCCAAGCAUACGUUCCAGAGGCCAGAAAUAUUUUCACUAGAAAUGGUCAUCUUUUCAUCAAACCUACACUUACAACAGAUCACCCGAACUACUCCGAAUCUACACUAUCAAACGGUGUCAUGGACUUAAAAGCUAUGUACGGAUACUGUACAAACUCCGACCGCUGGGGCUGUUAUAGAGCUGGAAAAGAUGGUCUCCUACCACCAGUAAUGUCUGGCAAAUUAAAAUCAAAAAGCACUAUCAGAUUUGGAGAGGUUACAGUUUGUGCCAGAGUACCAAGGGGAGACUGGAUUUGGCCAGCCAUCUGGAUGUUGCCUAGAGACAGUCAUUAUGGCCAAUGGCCUAGGUCUGGAGAAAUCGAUAUAAUGGAAAGCAGAGGCAAUACACAGGCCACUGAUGGUAGUGGACACAAUCAUGGUGUCAAUGAAGUUGGAGCAACUAUGCACUGGGGACCUGAUGCUGGCCAAAAUAGAUUUACACUUACACAUGGAGAUAUUCAAGGAGAUUGGAGUCAUGCCAUUCAUUGUUAUCAUCUUAGUUGGACUGUGGACCAUAUACGCGUGACUGUUGAUAACCGGGAAAUAAUGAACAUCCCCAUUCACCAGAGUUUCUGGCAAAAAGGAGGAUUUAGUGGCAGCAAUAUCUGGGGUAGCGGUACUAAGGCAGCUCCUUUCGAUCAACCGUUCUAUUUGAUUCUGAAUGUUGCUGUUGGUGGUACCAGCGGAUUUUUCCCUGAUGGAUGGACGUACAACUCGCCUAAACCAUGGAGGAAUGAUUCACCGCACGAAAACUCUGACUUUUGGAACGCUAGAAACAAUUGGCUUGGUUCUUGGCAUGGAGAUGAUGUUGCCAUGGAAAUCGAUUCUGUUGAGAUGAAACAAUGUUAAUAUUGGUUACGUAAUAAAACUAACAUGAAAAUAC